AUUAGCUAUGCAAUGAGCAUUGGCCUGUGCUUUGUGAUUGGAUAACUCUGGCGGGCAGACGUCAUUUGCGUCAUGCAUAAUUUUAGUAGGUUAUCGAGUUACUGUCCGACAUUUUGUUGGAAGUGAAGUGUGGAAGCCGUCUUGUACCAAAGUUGAUAGACCAGAAUUUGAACACGUGUGGAGAUGAAAACUUUAUCUUGAAGGAACAAAGAAAGAUAACAGUUGCAUGAUGGAAUCUAUCAAUAAGCCUUUGGCAGAUGGUAAUACCAAUGUGGCUGAUAACUCUGAAGUGGGCAGGCACUCAGAAAGCAAAGUGACAGAUGAGGUCAAACCUAUGGUUAAGCAAAAGGAGAGCCAAGAAACUGACCUUGUUGAACAAUUUGUGCAGUUUAUCAGAAGCACAUCUCAAUCGGUUUCAGAACCAGUGCCCACUGAGGAAAAAAAAGCAACACAGGCUUCAGGCAUUAGUAGUGGUGUUAUAGGAGACUUUCAAAACCCUGCAUCCAGUAGCGGGUAUAAACUUGGAAAUGAAAAUUUUCCAACAGAAAGUGAAAAGCCUGAUGAAGAAGUAGCACCAAGUCCUUUCAAAGAUGUAGAGGUUGAACCUGGAAGUGCAGUCAAUAUAAGUCCUGGGAGAGGGCAGGAAAACAAUGUUUCCUUCACAGGUGCCAGAACCGAGCCAUUGCUACAAGUCUGUCAGACCUCAGAAGAUGAUGGUGAUAUCACUAUCAUCGAACCAGAAGAUGUGGCCUCCAGCACCCAGAAAGAUAAUGCUGGUGUCAGUAUUCCUGAGCAAAAACCAGAAACACAGAGCCAGGAAAAAAACACUGAUAUUCAGGUCACAAAAGAGCAAGCCUAUGGCACAGGAUCUAGUGCCGAGAAAACACAUCCCAGUAAUUAUAACAAAUAUUGGUUGAAUAUUUUACAAUCUGGGUCAAAGUUUCAGGAUAUCAGCUGUUUCAACAUACCACCCCCUCAAAAAUCUGCACCACAGGAGCUAAAAGAAACAGUUUCAAGUGCAAGUCAAUUAAUACAUCAAGGUCAGGGUUCUACUCCUUCACCAGGGACCAACACAUUGUCUUUGCAAGUUUCUGGGGACAAUAUUGCUGGUCUCUCUUUGAGCAGUACUGGCCAUCUUGCUUCUGGGGAAAAAGAAACUGUAUCAGAUACUCGUGCCUUAGUUGUUCCGCCUAUGCCUUUGAUUGUCAGCAAGCCUAGUUCAAGUACCAGUCCUUCAGCAGCUGUAGUGCAAGGAAAAUCAAGUGUCCAAACAAGUACACCAAUUCCCAAAAGCUACCAUAAGCAAAACUCCCUUGUUUUGAAAUGUAAUAUUGUGAACAAUGCUUAUGUUUGUGAAACCUGUGGUGCCCAGACAAAGGACAGGCGAUUAUUUUACGUUCACGUAUGGGGACACCUUCACAAGAACUAUUUAAGGUGCACACAUUGCAAUUUCCCCACACUAGUCAGUGGUAAUAUUCCCGUUUGCUCACUAAUUACAAAUAUGCUGGCUUCACUGGACAUGGAGAAGAAUAGGAGGAAUGCAACAAAACUGGUAGAAGUGAAUAAUGCAGAUUUACCACAGAUUAGAAAUAACAGAGCAAUUGAUGCCAUCAAGAAUGCUAUGUCUGUAGCAGAUGCAAUAAAGGUUAACUUUGUUAUUCCCAAACAAAGUCCUUCUUUGCCCACAGUGCCAAAAUCGUCUCAGCCAAUGACAGACGCAAUCAGUGUAACAGGCAAUAGGCUUCAUGGCCAACAGCAGACAUCUGAUCAGUCCAAAACAGUAACUGGAAAGCAGAACUCUGGCAUAGCAGAUACGUCAGAGCCAGUUGCAAUUGACCUGUCAGUGGACAGUGAUGAGGAAGAAGGGAGACUUGUUAUAGCUGAAGUGGAUUCUGAGGUUGAAAGGCAAAAAAAUGAUCAACAGACAUCCAGCAAGGAAGUUGAAGCAAUUCCACCAAGUACGGAAGUAGUUGUAACCAGUGGUAGGGAUGUUUCUUCAGUAACAGACAGUGGGUUACACACAGAGUCUCAGCCAGUCAGUGAGACCACAAUUGUCACACCAUCACCCCAAAAGGAAAAUAAUGAUGGCCUGCCCAUCAUAGCUGCCACUUACAGUUUGAAUGGGGCAGAUUUUGGAAGCAAAGCAGAACAGAAUGAGCUGACAGAUUCAGACACUAUACAGACUCCGAUAUUGGGUUCAGCAACAGAUUUGAGCCAUCAGCAACAGUGGGAUAAAGAAACAACUAAUAGUGAAGAGAAUGGGUUGCCUGACCUGGUUGAGGAACAUAUAGAUGUAGUUUCACAUGAUUCAACUAACCAGUGCCAAAGUUUGCGUGAAUUAUUUCAAAAUAGUAAGAUUUCCCAAGGACUGCUUGAAACACCACCAGACUUGGAUAAGGGCCCAAGAAUAAUGAAAAGAGCUGAAAGAGAAAUGCAGGGCUAUGGAGAUAGUAACUUUGUCCAGCUUAUUUCAGGGAAGUCCAGUGGCAUGACUUCAGGGAGACCAGCUACUACAACUGAGAAAGUUUCCUCACAUAACACACUUGGUUUCUACCAGUGUGGGUUCACCCAAUGUGCUUUCUUCACAGAUGAUGUAGAUGGCUUCAAAAUGCACCUGAGAAUCAAGCACUCCAGCAACUUGUACCCUUGUGCCUAUUGUGACACCACAUGUGAUACAGAUGAUAAGAUCAUCACUCACAUGAAGCAGCACAUGAAGAGAAUGACCAAGCGUCUCUACCAGUGUUCUUUCCCAGGGUGUAAGUUUGGUUCUGAUUCUGUGGUAGCAUACAAAGCACACUGCAACAGUCAGCACCCCAAUAUGUCUGCCAGUUGUUAUUACUGCAAGAUGGAGUUUAACACUUUGGAAGAUCUAGUCAACCACCUUACUGCCAGCACUGUAAAAUUGAUUGAAUGCCCUUACUGCAAAUUGGUAUCACAAAGUAAGAAGACAUUGAUCACACACAUUAGCACUGAACACCCUGCAGAAGCUAGGAAGAUAGUUGUGAGCACAUUUAUCUCCUGUAUUCAGAAAAGACCCAAAAUAUUGAAAUACAAACCUCCACAAGCAGAAGUUAUGAAGGAACAGAAAGAAAAGGUGGAGAAGACCAUGAAAAAUGAUGCUGGAAUGGAUAGUACCCCAAAUGCUGUAGAAGCUGAAAAAAAUUUGAAAUGCCAGCAUUGCCCUUUUAAAUGCUCUAGUCAAAGCAUUUUAAGCUCUCAUGAAGACAUGCAUGCAACAAAGAGCUUUAUUUGUACUCUCUGCAUGUAUGGGGCAAACUCUCAAGAAUCUUUUAAAUCUCACAUGAGUGCAUUGCAUCCAGAUCAAAUGAACAUCAGAAUACGAAUAUAUGUUUGCCAGGUGUGCAGUUUCCAAGCUAACCAUGAAAUAAUCUUAGACCACCAUUUUGACAAUUUGCACCCUGCUGAUGAGGUGAGAUAUGAAGUUGUCAAGAGGCUGUUCAAUUCAAAGCCAGUCAGUACAAGCUCCAGCACAAAUGUUUGUACUCCCCCAGCACCUCGGGGGGUGUCCUCAGGAGGCAUAAAUCAAGAUCCUAGGCCAACUGUAAAAGAGAUGGCAUCGCGUGGUUCACGUGUAUUGGAAGCUGAUGUUUCUAAAGAAUUUUUGUCAAAUUGUCAACGCUUUCUGUGCCCACUUUGUCUUUUCAACACUGAUCUUAUCAAGGGCUUCAGACGUCAUAUGUCACAGCACAAAUUUGUUGAUGGAAGCAAGCCAUUCAUUACAAUGUAUGCUUGUAAGUCCUGCCGAUAUAGCUCAACUCAAAAAGAGCUAAUUGAAAGACACAUUAAAAAACAGCAUCCCACUGGUGUUGUAACAAUAGGUUCAAGCCCACUAUUUAUUGGACAUUCACCAAGCAGUCAGAAAACUGGGAUGGAUCCAGAUGGAAGCAGCCAGGCAUCAGAGAUGGAAGCGCUUCUACAGGAGUCUGGAAUAUCUGUCAUUGACAAAUAUCACUGUGAGAUCUGUUCAUUUAGUGCUACCUCCAAAGAUUUAUUGAAGCAGCACAUGGUUAAACACAACACAUCAAGAACUAGCCAGAAGAAGACAAAAUCAAAUAUUACAAAAGACCAAGAGAGGUUGAUAGAAAACCAGGAUUAUGUAACCAUUUGUGUCAAGAGAACUGUAUAUCAGUGCCAUGAAUGCGAGCACUAUAAAACACGUGCUCAGCCAGUGUUGUUUUCUCAUCUCUCUUAUACUCAUGGCAUUCAGAAACCAGAAUAUGGUUUUCACUACAGUAGUUGUGAAGAGGCUGGCAGUCUUUAUCGCUGUAUGAGGUGUAACAUUCAUGUGGAUUAUCAGAGCAAAGGCAUGCUGACCAAUCAUUUCAAAGGGAAUCACCAAGAGUUUCUAGAAAGACCACCAGCUGCCCAAAAACCAGUGCAUGAAAAGCCACUUCCCAUUUCAUCUUCAAAUGAAGGACUUCCUACUGUAGGUACAAAAGAUCACACAACAAGUAGCGGAGAAGUAUUCUGCGUGCCACAGGAAAGUGUUUUCAAAAUGCAAAUUGCUUGCCCAAUGUGUGAGUUUAGAAGUAAAGUGCGCUACAAUCUUUUGCGUCAUUUCAAGAAAGCUCAUCAAAUGGAGAAAAACUCAAAUGGACAUUGGGUAAUACCAACUAAAGAUGGAAAAACGGGUUCAUUGCAAGUUGUGUCUGUAUGCAAUGAAGAUAAUGAAAAUUGUGAAAUAAAAGAUGAUUCCCAACCAACAGCAAGCCUCAGUCAGACCGAAGAGAAAGGAAAAGAACAGGAGAAUUGGAAACUGGUAGAUAAAGACUUGUACCAGUGUCUCCUCUGUGAAUUUCAAAACAGAAGGCCAGAUAAAAUGAGGAGGCAUUUUAAUUAUGUACAUGCUGGCUUAAAACCAUAUCAUUGUAUGCAUUGCGAGUACAGCUCUGCUGAAGGGGCUAAAGUUGCCAGACACUGCAAGAACCAGCAUCCUACCAAAGGCUGUAAAAUCUUUCGAUUUACAGAUGAUGAGUCUAACACUGAGUCAAAGGGAUUAAUCCAGUUCAAGUGUUUACACUGCAGAUUUCACAGCAACACUAAGGAGGAUGUAGCAAAACAUUCAGAAAAUGUCCAUGUAGGCCAACCUGUCAAAGUAUUGCAAGGUUAUGAGGUAACAGUUGGUGAAGAUGCAUUGCAGCCUGAAAAAUCACAGCCUCAAGUAGAGUUUUUGGCAUCAGAUUCUGUACACUGUGGUUUCAAAAGAGUAGAACCUUACCUUCUCCAGUGUGAUCUGUGUAGCUACCAGUCUGAAUAUAUCACAGCUAUGAAACGCCAUGUACUCACUAUUCAUUACAAGAUAAAACCCUUCAUGUGUGGUUACUGCAAGUGGAGCCAUGCAGAGAAGUUUAUGUUGCUGCAGCACAUGCAGAAAUAUCAUAAAGACAAACCCCCUCUCACAAUCAGGGUGAAUGUCAAAGAAGUUGUUAAAGGACAGGUGUUCAAAAUUGUAGCAGAAACAAGGGGUGCUUCAGAAACUGAAAGUGUGUCAAGAAGCCCCAGUGUGACCCAAACAGAGACUCAGCCGCAUUCAGCAGGAUUACCUGAACCUGUCAGCAGUGCCCUGCCAUCAGAUGAUCAGACUGAAAUAAAAACUAACUCUUUCUUAGGAAAUGAAAAUGUAGCUACAAGUUCGGAGUCGCCUUUUACUGACAAUACCAAAGAAACAAGUGCUGCAGAACUGUCUGGCGAUGACCUACAAUCAUCAGCAUUGACAUCAAUAAAUGAGAAUGACACCGAUGCAAAUCAAACACCUAGCCCUUUGAAAGACCAGUCCACUUCAGUUCCAGAAUUUGUGAUCAAAGACUCACUUAUUAAAAUCAAGGCAGAGCCACAGGAUCUUGAACAGUGGAGAGAGAAUGAAAACAUACUUGAAUCCUUACAGAAUUAUGCAGGAGGAACAUACACUACAAAGAGUAAAGGAGAAAAUGUGACAGUACGACAGGUGAAAAUUUACCGUUGCCUUUAUUGUGAUUAUUAUUCCUUUUACAACAGGGCACACGUGUUGCGCCAUACCCGCACUUGGCACCUUGAUUUACUGAUGGGUUUAGAACAUAAACCAGAUGACACCAACGAAGAAGUCCAGCAGCAAAAGGAAGAGGCAGGUAAAAGAAAUGAUCCAGGCAAUGAUGAAAACUGCUCAGGUGAAGUAGAUUUCUCCAAAGUAACAAAUCAAACUGAAAGCAUCAUGGAUGAUUCUACAAACAAUGAAGUCACAGUACAAGAGACCGUUGAACAGAACAAAGGACCUGUUGCUGACAGUAUUGGAGAUGAAGCAAAAUUAGAAGCUCAACAAGUUAUACAGAGUGAAGAAGCCCAAAUCAACAAAUCCCCACAAAGCACCUCGGCUUCCAUACCAGAUUUAGCAAAAGAUUUAACAAAAGCCAGCAAGGAUGCAGAUGCUGAUGUUGAGUACAAUGAGUUAUAUUCUAGCAAGUUGGUAAUAGAUACAUCAGAUGCACCAGAUCUGGGCUCUAUGGAGUUGUCUAAAAAAGAUGAAGAAAGCAAUGUUGGAAAAUUAGCAAAAUGCACCUCUGACACGGGUGCAGAUGAUUUGCCAUCUAAUACUUUUGCAAAAGAAUUACAAGCUACAACAGCAGAUGGUAACAGUCAGACUGUGAGUACCAAUGCAAAAGUCCCUGAAACAAAUUUAGGCAAAGAAACAAGCAUAGAUGCUGUACUGGAUGAGUUGUCUGAUCAUACGUAUCUUGACAGUAGUAAAAUAGCUGAGGUUCCAAUACAGCAAGAUGAUAAAGAACAAAGGUCACAGUUGGUCUCUGGGCAAGGCAAAAGGGAUACAAUACAGUCAGGGAGUGCUGAAGAUCCAAAUUAUACAGUAUAUACUUCCAACAUAAACUCAGUUGGUGCAGAGGCAGAGAUGCCAGCUAAUGGGCAGGCUUUACAUGAGGAAGGCAAUGCAAAUAUGCCCAGUGUUGAGAUGAAAAAAGCAACAGCUGAAAUUCCAGAUGUUAAAUUGGACAGCACUCAAACCAGUGUCAUCAGUGAGAAAGAGGAAACAAUUAGUGAGCUUGUUGAUAAGCUGAUUAGUACAGCAGUUGAACUUGGUGAACAAAAAGAAGUUGAGAACAAUCCAGUUGAAACAAAUACUGGAGGCUUCAAACAACCCUUGGGGGUAACCCCAACAAUUUCCAAAGAUGCAACAGCAGUUGAAGAAAAUUCUCAACAAAAGCAAACAGAAUGUAGCUCAACUGCCAUGGAUAUAGGGUACCAUACUUUAGAAGCUGAAUCCACUGCUGCAAUAGAAAAUAUUCCAACAUGUCAGAUUUGUGGCUAUGCCUCGUCAUCUAAGUCUUCAGUACAAAGCCACUUGGAGAAGCAUCUACCCUCAAUGUAUAAAAUUGAGUAUAUUUCAAAGUCUCCUGGUAAAGAUAUAUCUGCCAGAGAUUUGGUAAGCCAUAUGCCCAAAGCACGCCUAGAAUUAUCCCCAAGACGGAAUAAAUCCCCAAAGAGUGCUAGCAAGCCAAAGUUCCAUGAUGACAGAGAAGCUGUCUCCCCAGCAAUGUUUUAUUGCAUGUUUUGUGCAUACAAGACGAGACAUACCAAGAGUGAUGUCAUUAAACAUACAAAAACACAACACAUGCAGUAUUUGAUGGGUUUAGGUAGUAAAACAUAUGGUGGAAAAAUAAGCAAGCACAGCACACCUCUUGAAACCAUGGACCAGCCAGUAGCUCCAAAUAUUUCUAUGCAACUAGAUGCAGUUGUUACACCUACAGAGAAUGGGAACAUAGUGGGGAGUAAUGAAGAAACUGUUAACUUGGCUGAGUUUGCAAAGGAAAAUUCACCAAACAGUGCUGGGUCACCAAAGGAUAUGAACAUUAAGACAGUAGGUCCAGGUGCAACCUGUCUGAAUGAAGAGAAUGGAUAUAAAGAUGAGAAGAGAAUGUGUCGUUUGUGCCAAUUUUCUUCACAAUCCAUAGCAUCUAUAAAAAAACACAUUACCACACAUCUUCAGGAUCUAGUAUCAUCCACUCAAUUUAAGGGAGAAACAAACAUUUCUCCCUUGUUCAAUUUAUCUCUGAUAUCAGAUGGACAAAAAGCUGGUGCUGCACCCAAUUCUGAUGCAAGUAUGCAAUUACAAGCUGAAGCUGCCCCUAAUUCGGAUGCAAGUGUGGAAUUGAAAGCUGAUGCUCAGCCUAAUUCUGAUGCUAGUGUAGAAUUAAAUGCUGCUACUAAUGACUGUAGUGAAACACAAGCAAUACUUGAACAACCAGAAUGUUUCUCACCAAGUUCAGGUGCUAAGGCAUUUAGUCCAGGAUUUUGGAAAGGGAAAAUUACAAAAUGCCUAUACUGUGACUAUAAAAGUGAUCAUAGACACAAUACCAUGAGACAUGUACGUAGUAAGCACAUGUAUGCCUUAAUGGGGUUUCCUCAGAUUGAUUCAAUGCUUACCAAUUCACCUAGUGAUGUUGAAAGAAAAAAUACAAUGGUAAAAGAGCAGAAAGACAAGAUUCCUGUUUGCACCAUUUGUAAUUAUUCCACAAAGGCUCCAAUACUUAUGAGAACACAUAUCACCACUUACCACAUCCCAACACUGUAUGAGAUUGUUGAUACACAGCAACUGACGGCAGUAAAUUCUACAAGAAGUGAUGAUACUCAAAAGACGGAAGCAUUGGAUGAUUCACUUUCCACCAAUGACAAUGUUGAAAGUGAGACACAGGAUCAACCUUCAAACCUUAUGGAAGUUGAUCAGAUGUCUACUAGAAUAUCGUCUUCAGAGGUGUCAAAACAUGGACAGGCAUCACCAAGUGCACACAAGGGGAAAAAGAUUUUUAGAUGUUUAUAUUGUGAAUAUCAGUCCAUGUAUGGAAGAAUAGAUGUCCUUCGUCACUCAAUCAAGCACCAUGUUGACUUCUUGAUGAGAAGCAUUUCCCCUGAGGUUGAAUGCAAAGUGAAGGUAGAAAAUGCGGACAAGAAUGAUGAAGUUUCUCACUCUACAACCAAAUUUAAGUGCCAGAUUUGCGAUUAUGUCUCAGAAAAUGAAGACAAAAUGUAUCUGCACCUCAAAGAUAACCACCUUCAAUCUUUCUAUGCAGUGGAACAUAACAAAAGGGGUAACGUUUCACUGGCAGGUAGUUCACCCACUAAAGGCACUACUUCACCAUUAAAAGGUGCUACUUCACCCUCCAAGGGAAGUCGAUUGAAAGCCCACCAAGGUGGUUCUAGUCCUGGUUGCAGAAUAUUCAGAUGCAUGUACUGUGAUUACUAUUCAUUCUAUGGAAGACAGGACGUCAUACGUCACACUCAGAAAAUUCAUAUGUCAUUCUUGAUGGGAGUUGCAGGAUCUUGUACCACCUCAAAGGCUGUUUCUGAUGGCUCUAUCGAGGCUGAAAAUGAGGAAAUGGGGAACACCAAAUUCACAUGUCAGGUGUGCCUUUUUUCAACAGAAGACAGAGCUUUUAUGCAGGACCAUAUUCAAGCAGAACAUAUAAUGUCUUUAUACAUUGUUGAAAAGGGCCAAAAUCGUGUAAGGCAGAAGAAAAACAGUUUCUCAACAGUAAAUUCAUCAAAGAUACAGAAGAUAUCUACUCCGACUGGGAAACCUGCACUUAAACAGCCACCAACACAGAGGGCAUACAAGUGUGUGUACUGCAGUUACACGUCUGUCUACUGCAGUGCAGAUAUCUAUCGCCAUACCUUGAAUAAGCAUUUUGGCAAAAUAGCAGAAAAACUGACAACCUCAACAAAUACAAGUGAAGUGGGACCUACUGUAGAUGAAGAUGUCUCUUACAAAUGCAAGCGAUGCAAUUCAAUAUUUGAUUCAAAACAGUCUGUGAGGUAUCACAUGAAAUUUCAUAGAAGUACAUUUUACAAAUCAAUUAAAACAACAAAUCCAAAACAUACAAAUGCAACAAAUUCUGGAAGCAUACCUUUCAACUCAAAUGAUGAAAGUGUGCUGGAGUACACAGGAAAUGAUAAAUCUGAAUGGUUUUAUAAAGAGAAAAGACCCAAAGAAGCUGCGGCUCUGUCAUCAGUUCCAGAAGAAAAGAAAGAGCAAGUUAUUUGGGCAUGCUCCUACUGUGACUUUACCACUCCUUCAAACAGGACUGUUUCCAGACAUAAAAGGUCAUUUCAUGAUAAGGGUUCAAGUUCAAACCGAGUUGAAUGGUUUUCAGCAAGCUGUCCUUUUUGCCCUCACACUGCUGCAGGGGGAAAACUACCAUAUGAAAAGAGGCAAGAAUAUAUGCGAAACCACAUAAGAAGGGUCCAUAUGGAGGGAGGAGAAGAUGAAGGCAUAACACUGUUCAAAAGGUCACAACAAUCUAACAAUUUUGAGUGUUUUCUUUGUGGCUAUAGCACUCCAGCUAGUAGAGGAAUUGUUAGAAUAAUAAGUCAUUUAAAGGUGGCCCACCCAAAUUUGUUGAACACUUCAUACAAAUGCAUGUUUUGUAGCUACUCCAGGAGACAGCUAAAAUUGCUGAAAUUGCACAUGAAGACAAAGCAUCGUGGAAAAGCACUACGUUUCUUGAAAAUCACAGGACAGUGUGAAAUUGAUAAUGGUAAAAAUGCUCAUACUGAUGUGAAGUCCAAUUCUUUUAUUGGGAACUCUGACAGUGAAGUUGGAGUAGAGUUUACCCCAAAGGUGAAGGAACCUGGAAAACCACGCCUUGCCAGAGGGGAGGACAUUGAUGCUCUGCUUUCAUCACAUAAAGAGACAUUGAAGAAAAGCCCUGGAAGUUUGCAUGCUUGUCCAAUUUGCUCCAAAACUUUCAACAGCCGUGACACUCUACACAAACACUGCAAGCGACAUAGCAGUUUUCGUCCUUUCAAGUGUGGAUAUUGUAGCUUCAAAGCAUUUUCACGCUACAGUAUCAGAAUCCACAGCAUUAACAUGCACAAAGGAAAAGAACUGAAAAUUAAGCAGCUAGUAGAACCCUCUAAACCUGAAGCAAACAUAAAGGCAACAAAUAAUAUUGCAGUUGGGCCUCCCUCUUUAUCAUCAGCACCAUUAAGUCAAAGUCAAGAGGAAAAAUCAGCAGAGAAGGUGCUUCAUUGCUCUAUGUGCCCAUACACUACCAAGAAUUCCAAAAACAUGAAAGAACACAAGUACAUACAUUACAACCAUAGACCCUACACUUGUGGACAUUGUCCUUACCGAGGAAGAACUCUGGAAGCAGCUAAUAAACAUCACGCUGAAAAUCACCCAGGGAUGCCAACAGAGAUUUCAUAUGUCAAGACAUCCCUUCUCUCAAAAUUAGCAGAUGAGCUAAAAAACAUCCAAAAAAGUGAGAAAGCAAAUAAAGAAGGAGUUCAAUUAAAAGAUCUCACAGAACAAAGUGGUUCAUCUGCAGGAGAGACUAGGGCAGGAGUAAAGGUAACUCGUAAUGAGGAUGGAAUGUAUUAUUGCCCUUUGUGUGACUUCAAGUCUGGGUAUCAUAGUUCUAUAGGACGGCAUGUCAUGCAGAUACAUCCAGAGAAUUCCCCAAGAAGUGCAAGUAUUCCAGCUCAAAGAAGACCUAGCAGCUCUGAAGUGAGCAGUGUCAAAAGUGAUACAGAAAACCAUGAUAGCAAGGGUGCUCAGUAUGUUUGCAGUCUUUGUAAGGAAUCUUUUCCCAGAAUUGACCGUGCAAGAUGGCAUGUCAUGAGGCAUUUAUCAUAUUAUCCAAUGAGGUGCUCUGAAUGUGACCAUAGAUGUCAGACAACAAAUGGCAUGAACAACCAUAUUCAAAAACAGCACAAUGGAAAGGGAACUCUUGUGUUUGAUCAAGACCUGCAAAAAGAGGACUUGGUGAAAAGGAAUAUUACAGAGACACAAAGCAAAAAAUUGGUUAGUUUAUAUACUUAUGUCUGCAGACAUUGCCACCACAGCACUACCAGAAGAGAGAAUUUUAAGACCCAUACUAUGCAACAUUUUGGCUAUAAACCUUACUCUUGUGGGAUUUGUAAAACACAAUUUUGCACAAAGAGCAACACAGAAAAGCAUGCUGCUAGGUUCCAUGAAGGCAAAGACCCAGUGGUUAUUGAAAAAAAGAAUACCUCUAAAUGGAAGCAAGUCUUGGAAGAAGUAGAUAGGUGUAAAAAGUUGGAUUCAAACACUUAUCAAGGAAGCAAAAUGGGGGCAGCAGUGCCAAAAUCUCCCUCAGCAACUUUAGGCUUACCUUUAGGCGUCAAGCCCUUUGUUUGUAAGUUGUGUGGAUACAAGACCAGAAAAGGCAGCAAGCUAAAAGCUCAUAGGGCUGGUCAUGGAAAAAGCGCUACAUACCAGUGUGCAUAUUGCAAUGAACGUCAUGAUAAGUUCAGGAUUCUGAAGGAACACCUGGUGGCUAUACAUCCACAACUCACUUGUGCCAUUAGGGUAGUAGCUGCCAAGAAGACGAUCACCUCCAACACUUCUAGCCAGCUUCUAAACAAGCAAGCAGCACUUGACAACACACCUGAGGAUUCAUCAGAAGAGUCAUCUGAAGAUGACAGCAGCACAGUGAUCUCCAGCACUACAGGGGCAUCAGUUAGUACAGCAAGUACAGUGGAUGAUUUGCCUUCAGCUGACAAACCCAAGAAAAAAAGAAUCAGACCGAAGCAACCACCCCCCAAAUCCCAUCUUUAUUUUUACUGCACAGAAUGCCCUGUUAGAAUGAGGACAGACCAUGUGCAGUUCCAUGUAAAUAGAUCUCACCUGGGUUAUGAGCCAUAUAAGUGUGCUUUAUGCAGUUGUACAACCUGUACCAGGCCUUUGAUGCAUCUACAUUUCAGACAGAAGCAUAAAGGAUUAAUAUCAAAGUACACAUAUCGCAUAGACAAGCAAAAGGAGGCUGAUAUGAAGAAAAUGGUCGACCAUAUAAAACAAGGUAAAAAGAUUGAGGUUGAAGUUGGAAGUCCAAGGUUGCAGUUCUUUUGCCAAAUUUGCGCUUAUAGUGUCAAAAGAUUAGACGUCCUGCGUCACCACUACAUGUCCUCUCAUCUGAAUUACAACCCUGUUAGAUGUGGCUACUGUAGCAGGGAAUCAAGCUCAGAAAGAAUGCUAGACCGGCAUUUUGAAAAAUCUCAUUUUGGGCGCAAGAAACUGAUCAAGUAUCAGAAGAAGAAAGACCUUGAAACUUUGCUAGAUGAAUUUAUGGAAAAUGCAACCACUCCAAGGUCAGUCUCGUCUGACUCCAAAAGAAAGGUUGCUGUACAGACCAUGCUCAAUAUAGCACAUGCCAUUGAAAGUGAGCCAGAUAAGCAGACAAAGACACCCUCAUUUGAUGAGAACCAAGCUGUUAAUUUCAGCAGUGAAUCACCGCCAGCAAAGAAGAAUAAACUAGAUGAGGAAGUGGACCACUUGCACAGUAAGGCAAAAAGUCUGGUUAGAGAAAAGACAACUGGAGUACCCAACGGGUCGAGGAAAAGACCAAGACCUGAAGAUGAGGGUCACCUGCUUCCUCUGGCAAAAAUCAAAAAAGAAGAAUUAGCUGGCAUUGAGAGACCCCCACCUCUCUCUUUCCAUUCUCAAGUGGAAAAAUGCACUCUUAAUAAUUAUGAGAUGGAGUUACCUUUCACACCAAAAGGAGCAGAGAGACUGUAUCAUUGUCCACUGACAGUAUGCAGUUAUGUCACCCAGAUAAUUGGUCAUAUGAAACAUCAUGCAUGGGUUCAUUAUGGAGGCAGAUACUUAUGUGGCAUCUGUGGUAUUGUCAAUUCACAGAAGCCUAAAAUCAAGCAUCAUAUUGAGGUGGACCAUUAUGGAAAGGAUGCAGAAGAAAACAUUGCCGUAAGGAAUCCCAAGGUCACCAAUUUGUAUUAUUGCUGCCACUUAUGCGCAUACGCCACCAUGGACAAAACUACAUUUUCUGAACAUUUUUCAACUGUUCAUUGGCCAAAACAUGGGCAUUGUUCCUUUGACCUAAAAGUUGUUCUCAAAGACUGCAUGCAGGAGUAUGCAGAACAAGGUGACUACAGCAUGUCCAGGUCUCCGGCUCUCUCUGAUGAUUGUGAAAGUCUUUCAGUAGAUGUGGGGCAUGCCAUUGGUGACUUCUUACAGGAGCAAGGGCUUGAAGAUGGAGAGGAAGAUAUUGAGACCUUAGUGUCUGCAGUUAGCUCGAAAGGAACGCAACUGCCAACUGCAAAGAAGAGACCAUUUCAUAGUAAGUUUCCUGUUUCAUUAAAGUUCAAGAAACCACAACCAAAACUGAAAACCAACAAAGGCAAGAAUGUCUGUAAGAAGAGUACAGGUGCAGGGUUUACUAAGACCAAACAAAACCAGCGCAAUCUCUUUGAUGACAUUGGUUCUUUGGAAACUCAGCCAGUCAUGAGUGGUAAUCACCUGUCACAGGGUCAGAACCAUGGAUCUCUAGAGAAAUCUCCAUCGUCAAAUCCUGGAAACUCUGUUAAUGCCAUCAAGAUCAAGUCUGAGCCAUUGGAUGCCUUCUCUCUCCUUUCACAAACUGUGCCAUCAAGCUCCAGUGUGAAUGAUGUGCCUAGCCAAGUGACAGUUAAAACGGAACCAACUUCGGAUAGUCAAGGAGAGUGCAGUUUUGAUGAGGAGAGUGAAGACUGGCUUGUGUUAGACUCCAUUUGAUAUAGUAGACACACAAUGGAGCAGUGUUAUAUGUAGUCACCCUUUGGGAAACUGAAGAGUUUUUGGGAAGAGGUUUAAGGAUUUUAAAAAGAUAAAUGGAAAUUCACUUCCUAACAGUUUGUCACAUAAGUGAAUGAAAGACUAUUUAGGUAGUUAUCAGGUUUUUCAUGCACUGUUUGGACAAAGCAUUACAUUUUAAAACUUAUUUGAAAACAUCUCUUACAUGUUUCCAACUAUGUUUUCAUAUUUCCAUUUCAAACUAGAGUUUGAAGACCAUAUUUUAAAUGAUAAAAACUUCAAAAAUUAGGCAAAAUGUCUGAAUACAAUAUAGCUGAUAAUGCUUUCACCACUGCAAGUGAACAAUUUGUAUUUACCUUAAUUGUAUUAAGUAGUAAAAGUGAAUUGGGGUAAAGUUGUUUUAGAUGAAAUUACCCUUUUCUUUAUAAAUAUUAAGAGUUAGGCUUCGUACACAUGGAAAGUCUAUUUUCUAAAAAUCUAUUUUCUAU